UCGAUCACAUCAGUAACGUGCCAGACAACAUGCUAAGAAAGUCGGUAGGUAGGUAUGCGAGAACGAAGCCGACGACUUGUCUUUAUACCUACGGUCUGGAUGCUGUGUUAAUGAUAUGCGGUUCAACUUGGAAAGGUGUCACAAAUGGAAGUUAUGUUAGUUUUCGCCGGUCCGGUCUGCGAUCCAAUCAUAUAUUCGAGUCAGUUGAUUUGAUUGGUGUAAAAGAUGUGCAACCGUAAUCACCGAAAUAGUGCAAUAAGUUGGUUACUGGUGAUUGCUGUUUUAAGUGUUCUUGUGACAUCAAAGAGUUAUGCUACUGCAUUGACCUGGGAUCAUAGUUCAGAGGCGAAAAGUGCCACUAUCGCCAGCAUAGAGGAGAGAACCGAUGAUGGGGAAACGAUUCAAACGGAAAGUACGAGCUUAUACGACACCACAGGAACGACCGAUGUUACGGAAAGUUGGACUACAGAUACAACGCUGGAUGAACUGGAACCCAAUUUUUCCUUUCGACAGUUGAAUUGUACUGCGUGUAAAUGCGGCAACCGCGACUCACUAGGCAAAAUCGUCGGAGGAUCCCCCACCAAAGAGAACGCCUACCCCUGGAUGGCAGCCCUGUACUACAACAACCGGUUCACGUGCGGUGGUUCCCUAGUAACGGACCGAUACAUCCUAACCGCCGCCCACUGCGUUUUCCUACAAAGUCCGGCUCGCUUCCGGGUGCAGCUGCUGGUGUACAACCGCACCCAGCCUACUACGAACUCGGUCGAGCGCUCCGUUAAGGCCAUCAAAACGUUCUUCUACAGUGGUCUGACCAACAACAACGAUAUUGCCCUGAUGGAGUUGACCUUUCCGGUUACGAUAAGCGAGGAUCGCUUGGUGCCGAUUUGCUUGCCGCAGCCUAGUGACGCGCUGUACGACGGCAAGAUGGCCGUCGUGACGGGAUGGGGUAAAACUGCGCACGGUGGGUUGUCCGCGACCUUGCAGGAGCUGAAGGUGCCGAUUUUGACCAAUGCCAAGUGUCGGCGGGCAGGGUAUUGGGCGUUUCAGAUAACUGGGAAAAUGCUUUGCGCUGGGUAUAUCGAGGGAGGACGGGAUUCGUGUCAGGGAGACAGUGGUGGGCCUCUUCAGGUGUACAACAACGAAACGCACCGGUACGAAUUGGUCGGCAUUGUGUCCUGGGGACGAGCAUGUGCCCAGAAGAACUAUCCUGGAGUGUAUACAAGAGUGAAUAAGUUUCUGCGUUGGAUCAAGAACAAUGUAAAGGAUUCGUGCAUAUGUACGUAAUA